UUUAGCCUGAAGGGGGUGCUGAUUGCCAGCAUGCACACUGGAUCUGGAGCUGCUAGAAACGCCUUUCAAACCCUGACUCGGUUCAAGAAAGACUUCAAUAAUGAACGGCGAGAAUUAUGCGAAGAGUUGUCUGAAAGGCUUUCAGUAAUUGGUUCAUUGGCCCCACACACUGCAGACCCUCCUUUCAGUGUGACACAUGAAGAACAGAAAGGAAAACACAGACACACAGUUGACAGCUCACACACAAACGCCCAAGGAUGACCCUCUCUUGCAUGAGCUGUUAUGUGUUCGUGUGGAUGGCAGUGGUCGUUCUGCCCUCCUUCCAAGCUACUUCGAAUGUUUUCUACCCCAAAAUCAAUGAGACGCAAAGUCUGAACUGUAAUUGUCCGGACCAUUCCUGCCAGGAGGUGUUUUGGUACCGGUACCUUGAGAGUAAGAACUCUCUUCAGUUUCUGAUGUAUGUCAACAGCGCCGGCAGAGAGCAACAUGGAGAGAACAUCGAAGCCUUUAAGUUCAAGGGUACUGUGGCCACUAGUCAGAAGACGGUCUUCACCCUGCGCAUCAUGAAGCUACAAAAAGAUGACGUCGGCUUCUAUUCCUGCAUGUUUAAAACUAAGAAUGUAGUUCCUGCUGGAUAUUACAUUAUGCCUGGAGUGAAUCCUCCAACAGUUCAACCACCAACCGCCAAGACGGACCGGAAACCCGUAAAUCCCAAACCCUGCAAACCAUCUCAGUACUCACCUAAAGGCUGUGAACAUGUGGUGCUUUGGCCGGGAAUUGGUGCUCUUUUGCUUUUGGCCAUUACACUUGCAGGCAUACUUUACUACUUCAGUCGUCUACCUAAGAAAUGCAGACAUCGAUUCACCAAGACAAAUCCGUUGCGGUGAGGUGGAGAACAGACUCGUCAUCUCCAAACAAAAAGUAUCUACAGUUUGAUAAAACACAUUACAUAUACCUACACUUUAUAAUACGGUUUCAUUAGUUAAUAUUACCUAACAAAUAAAAACACUUUCUAAAGCAUUUAUCAAAGCGAGUUCAUGUUAAUUUCAACAUGUACUAAUACAUUAUGAAAAAUCUAAAGUUAUCUGUUUUAAUUGACCUGAGCUAACAUAAACUACCACGUUAACUACUAGUGUUAACAAAUAUUAAUAAAUACUGUAACAAAAUCUUUUGCUUAUUGUUAGUCCAUAAUAGUUAUUGCUUUAACUAAUGUUAACUAAUAAGACCUUAUUGUAAAGUAAAAGUGUUGUGUGUGUGAUAGUUUAC